AGCCGUCGCCCUUUACAGACUGACUUCAAAACGGCCGACACGGAUGUGAACACGGAUCAGGACAUUGAGAAGAACCUGGACAAAAUGAUGUCUGAGAGAGCUUUGUUAAAGGAACGGUACCAGGAGGUGUUGGACAAACAGCGGCAAGUGGAGAACCAGCUGCAGGUGCAGCUCAAACAGCUCCAGCAGCGGAGGGAAGAAGAGAUGAAGAACCACCAGGAGAUUCUGAAAGCAAUUCAGGCUGUUACGAUCAAGCGGGAAGAGACAAAGAAGAAGAUGGAGAAAGAGAAGAAAGAAUUCCUGCAGAAAGAGCAGGAUCUGAAAGCAGAAAUAGAGAAACUCUGCGAGAAAGGCAGAAGGUUGCUGAAGGAGCAGGAGGAGAAGGAAAACAAGAUUGCUUCUCUGAUUGCAGAGCAGUCUGAUGAAAAGCAGCUAUGGGAGAUGGAGCUAGAUAAGCUGAAGAACCAGCACAAUGAAAUCAACAGGAACAUCCUCGAGGAGACAGAACGGGCCUGGAAAGCAGAGAUCCUGUCCCUGGAGAGCCGAAAGGAGCUGCUGGUGUUGAAACUAGAAGAAGCAGAAAAAGAAGCAGAGCUGCACCUCACCUACCUCAAGUCUGCACCACCAACACUGGAGACCAUGAGGCCAAAGCAGGAGUGGGAGAUGAGGCUGAACAGGAUACGAAUGACCAAGGAAAGUGUCCGAGAUCAGUUCAAUGACCACAUUCAGAUGGUGAGAAAUGGAACGAAGCUGAGCAGCCUCCCACAGAUCCCAACCCCAACACUGCCACCUCCACCCUCAGAAACAGAUUUCAUGCUGACGGCAUUCCAGCCCAAUCCAUCCCUUACUCCCAGGCUCCCAUUUCCCAUAGGACCAGUUCCUGUUCCCAUGGUCAUGCCAAGUGCUGAUCCUCGGGCACUCUCCUUUCCUCUCCUUAACCCUGCGAUCUCCAGACCCAACCAGCCUUCUCCACCGCUGCCUGCAUCCCAAGGAAGAAACAGCCCCGUCGUGGCAUCGCUUAUUGGCACACACAGUCCUCACAUGACUCCUGCAGCCUCCAUCCCUCCUCCACCAGGCCUGGGAGGAGUUAAGGUCACUCCGGAGUUUCACAGGUCACAGCCAGCAGAUAAGCUGGAGAAGCUGCUGGAGAAGUUGUUGACUCGAUUUCCCCAGUGCAACAAGGCCCAGCUCACCAACAUCCUGCAGCAGAUCAAGACAGCUCGGAGGACAAUGGCGGGUCUGACUAUGGAGGAGCUGAACCAGCUGGUGGCAGCCAAGCUCGCGGAGCAGCAGGAGCGGGCAGCAGCUGGGGCUCAGCCUCUCAGUCGAAUCAGGGCACCCAUGUUUUCUGCUCCGCUGCCUCAGAUCAGCACACCAAUGUUCCUGCCCCCAGCCCAGACCCCAGCUGCCUGUAAGCUAUGUCUCAUGUGCCAGAAGCUUGUACAGCCCAGCGACCUUCAUCCCAUGGCCUGCUCGCAUGUGCUGCACAAGGAGUGCAUCAAAUUCUGGGCACAAACCAACACAAAUGACACUUGCCCCUUUUGUCCAAGUCUCAAAUGACGGCUACUCGAACAAAGUGGUCCCACGGGAGGAGUUGCUGUGAAUAGACAGGAUCAGUUCUAAGAUUUCUACAGUUCUAUAUUUAUACGACCAUGUAUACACAUGUACAUUUUUAUUAUAUAGGUAAUGUGUGUAUAGAAAGUCUGUAUACAUACAAAUUCAUAAAUAAAGUGUGUAUAUUAUGCAGUGA